UGCAGUUACUUCGCUCGUUUAGUUGUGCCAAAAAAAAAAAGACUUGGUCAAAACACGUGUACUUACGAAAUUAUAUUGACGUCGCUAGGGGGCAAUACCAUAAAAGUGUCUAAAAUUCAUUUCUUGAAACGAGGAGAAUGAGAAAGUUCUGUACAGCGCUAAUUCGAAGAUCAAUGUUUUGAACAUAAGGUGUGGGUGUAGGGUGUUGGUAAAAGGGACAGUCGCGUUCGCUCCGUUCAACAAGUGUCUCCGAUACAAAAAAAAAGAGAGAUAGAAGAAGAAGAAUUGCGUGGGUGGAGUGGGUAGUGAUAAUAAAGAGAUAUCUCCAGCCCUUGUUUCGGUGUACGGCAGUGACGUAGGUCACAAACUCCCCUAAAGAUAUGGAUUUUGUAAGACUUGGAGGUAUACCCCAGUGACGCGUUGUUGUGGGAAUUCCAAACGAAAUGGCAUUGUGCAGUCGAAUACACAAAUGGAGUGGAUGCUGGACGACGACGCGGCACAGCCGUCAUCUCCUUAUUCGCCAACAGCAGCAGCAACAGCAGAAACGGAAAGACCAGUGUUAGUUACCGCGAACACUUGAAUCAAUAUUAGCGAAUGUGAUUGUGUUUUUCGUAAUUGUUCCAUUGCUUAUCUGUUGCUGCUGCUGGAAUUAAUUAAUUUUUUCGAGUUGAAAAAAAAGAGGUGAAAAAAGUUUAGUUAUCUCUGCUGAUUCUCUUCAUUUUGGUCGUUACUGCUGUCGUGGUCGUUGUUCUCCAAGUGGAGUUUUGGCAACUAAUGACGCAAAGACGAGCUUCAGGAAAUAAGGAUGAAGAUGCGCUGUGGCAUCAUUUGCCGCUGUUUUUUGCUACUGGCAGUGGCUUGUCUUCUUCCUGUCGCAGAUGCAGUCGUCAGGGUGGAGAAAAAGGUUCAUCAUUUGCAGGAUCUUAAGUUUGACGACGAAGAGUACGAUGAUCCUGAAAUUGAUGAGCGAGAUAGUGGACCAGAGUAUCCCAUCUCCCCUCUUGACCAACCAAUGCGCAAAAGGGUCAACUGGUCGAAUGCUCCCUCAACUAGUGUUAUUUCAGAUAAACUUGAUCCAAAUAUAAAGUGGGACAUGAGGUGGCCCUUUUCUAUUGACUUUAUUGGUCAAAUAUCGGCAGUGUCGAUACAUCCAAAUGGUAAUAUCGGCAUAUUUCACAGAGGCGAGAGAAUCUGGGACUCUUCCACGUUUGGUAGAGACAACAAAUUUAAUAUAAAUAGAGGCCCUAUUAGACAAAGUACAAUUAUACUACUAGAAAAAAGUGGCCAAAUGAUAUUGGAGUGGGGAAGAAAUAUGUUUUUCCUUCCACACGGCCUAACGAUUGACUCGGAAGGUAAUUAUUGGGUGACAGAUGUUGCCAUGCACCAAGUUUUCAAGUUUGAUGCUCAAGACAUUGAGAAACACAAGGAGCAGCUCAUGCGACAGAGUUUCAGUCAGAGAGCUAGUUCUGCUGAAAAAGUCGAUGUAAAUAAUUUAUUUGAAAAUAGUGUAAUAAAGCCGUCAUUGGUCCUGGGUGAAGCUUUUCAACCUGGAAACGACAAUUUAAGGUUUUGUAAACCAACUGCAGUCGCGGUAUUAGAUAACGGAGACUUUUUCGUCAGUGAUGGUUAUUGCAAUUCAAGAGUCAUUAAAUUCAAUAAGAAUGGAGAGAGAAUACUGCAAUGGGGAAGAACUUGGGGAAUGGAAGGUAAAGCAAUGUACAAUAAUCCAGCACCACAGAAUGCACUUCUCAUACCACAUUCUCUGGCACUGGCCCAAGAGCACGACUUCAUAUUCAUCGCGGAUCGAGAAAACGCACGAAUAGUCUGCAUCUUUGCGAGUAACGGUACAUUCCACAAAGAGUACAAACAUCCAGCGUUUAACGGCGCAAUUUACAGUAUCGCCUAUGCAAAUAAUCGCGUAUACUUGGUAAAUGGUGCUCGGUACCCUGAAAACACUCACACCAGAGGCUUCGUUUUGGAUAUCAAUACUGGCGAGCUACUCUCACAGUUUGCCCCCAGUUCUGACAUGGACAGUCCUCACGAUAUUGCCGUGACAGCAGAUGAACGUGAAAUUUACGUGGUCGAGCUCAAUACGCACAAAAUAUACAAGUUCAAUCAAGAUACGAGAAAUCUUCCAUCUCCAAAAAAGACAAGAUCCAAUAUCACUUCAGAAGAAGCUCGUUUGGCCAAGUCUUCGAUGAGUAGCAGCAUGAAUGGUGUUAGCAUAGAAGCCAAAAAACCUGGAAAAAGUCGAACGCUGACAAUAGUGGCCAUCGUCUUUGCCUUAUUCUUCAUCGUUUUCUGUAUUUUACUGGCGGCACUCGUGGCGAGAUACCAAAAACGAGGAUGCAUAUUUCCACCGCGGAAAAGAAGAACGGAAUGGAAUGCCGAUAAAAAAAACAACUUCAAACUGUCCAGUUUGUUUUUCGAAGGACGACCAAAUUCUCGUGAGUUCAGCAAAUUAAACACUGAACCCGAAACUUCUGACGAUGAAAAUACAGAGAGUAGUUUAGAAAAAAUGAUCUAAACAGAAUUCAAAUAGAAAGCAGGUAGUUGUAACAAAAAAUGGUCGUGAAAGUUUGCAAGGAUGUUGCAUCGUCAAUCUUGAAAACUAUAUUUUACGUACAAAAAAUAUUGAUCUUUAACAAUUGUAUACUCUAAGAAGAUUUAAUGCUUAAAGAUACAAAAAAAAAAGAAAUAUAUAUUUUUAAUCUGUCACUGCAAGUUACUGAAAAUGUGUAAAGAACCAAACCAAAUAUAAUUAAAUAUUUUCACAAAAAAUUAAU